AAAGUUUCAAGAGUUUUAAUCAGUGUUUAAUCCUAAAAAUGGAGCCAGGAUUUUCCAAAGCGGAUGCAAACACGCUCCCGAAGGUGGAUUUCUUCAUGGUGCAAUAUUUUCUGACCACUAAUGAAAAAUUCCGUGACGCUAAUAAACGAGGAAAAAUCGAAAGGUCAUCCAACCCCGAUUAUUUGAAGUCUUCUAUUGGACGGGUUCAGUUAAAAAUUGACGGGAAUCUAUGCACGGUAAAAGCGAAAAUUGUGCCGGAGCACAAGAUUACUGCUAGGCAGUAUUCCGUGGUUGCGAUAAUAAAUACAGCCGAUGAAAAAGUUGUUGAUAUCUUUUGUGAAAGUGACGCACAGGGGUGUAAGGCAGCCGCAGGGGGUUGUAAACAUGCCGUAGCGUUUUUAUUCUAUCUGUAUGAAAAAUACAGCCAGCCUUCUCCUACUGAUUCAAUAUGUCUCUGGAAAGUGCCGAAUCUGUCGAAAGUAGAAGAAAACAUAGACAAGUUUGAUCUUGCCAAGCAUCGUGAUUCCGGAGUUUCCAAUUCGAAUGAAGUAAUUAAUGGAAGUGGAAGGUUUCUUCAAACAUUGCUUAGCAAAUGUCCGUCAAGUGCUACUAUUAGUGCAUUGAAGUAUCAUCAAGCGUUUCCGAAGGUAGAAGGAUAUGCUUUGCAUUGUCUUUUGAUAGACUUCAAAGAAAGUUCCGAAGCAAAACAGAGCUCGAAACGUUUUAUUCAGUUCUGCAAACGUACGAUGAUGGAUAGUGUAUGUAAAAAAAUUGAAACUAUCACUACAGGGCAAGAUUGUUCCCAGUGGAAGCUGCUAAAAUAUGGGCGAAUAACAGCUUCAAAAAUUUUUGAGCUGUCGAGGUGUAAAACUGGCGAUGGUUCUCUCGUAAGGUCCGUGCUAGGACAAACAAGUUUUACUAGUGAGGCGAUGAAACGAGGGUUACGAUUAGAGGACAAAGCAGUAAAAGCAAUUAGGAUGCGAUAUCAAAACGUUCGCAGAUGCGGACUAUUUCUGAGUCCUGAUUAUCCCGUAUUUGGUGCAUCCCCAGAUGCGAUCAACAGUUCAACAGUUUUUGAAAUCAAGUGUCCAUCGAAAAGCGAUAAUGUUAAAUAUUAUGUUGAUGUGAACGGAAAUUUACAAGAGAAAGUAAAAUCUCAAAUCCAUCUUCAGAUGAUUAUGUCAAACCGCAAAAAAGGUGUUUUAGUAUUAGUUCUACCGGAAUUUGAAAAAAGUCGAAACCCUCUCAAAUUUGUAGAGUUCUAUGAAAUAAAUCUAGAUGUCGAUUAUAUACAACAGAAAAUGACAGACAGCUACAAGUUUUGGAAGACUAAUAUUUUUAACAAACUGUUUACAUCUUUUUGAAAACCUAAGUGAUUCAGUUUUAAUUUGUUGUCAGUUAGAUUAAAGCAUUCUAAC